AUGUCUUUAUGGCAACCCAACUUGUAUGGAAUCAACGGGAGAGAUUUAAUCGGGCAAUUCGUAAGAUAUGGCAUCAUCAUAGGAGGAGUUUCUGAUAAAGUAGUUUUCAAAGGGUUUGAUGGUGUUAAUGGUCUGGAGAUUGGUUGGUCUGAGACAAUAUUAUCAAAGGAAACGUUGAAGAACGAGAAAUAUGUUGAGACUUUGUGUAAAGAAGUCGAUGUCGUGAUGUCAUUAAAGCAUGAUAACAUAGUGAGAUGCUACGAUUCUUGGGUUGAUGUUCAGAAGAAAAGAAUUUACAUGAUUGUUGAUCUUCCUAGUUCUGGGAAUUUGGGUGAUUAUCUUCGGAAAAAUGUUCUUUCAAGUGAUGGAGCAAUCAAGAAUUGGUGCAGACAGAUUCUUCAGGGGUUGGAUUAUCUUCACAGUCACAAUCCGCCGAUAAUUCACCGUGAUGUUAAGUUAGAAAACAUCUUUAUUAAUGGAGACACUGGAAUUGUUAAACUGGGAAAUUUCAAUCUGGCGAUGUUUCUUGAUGAAGAGUACAGUGGGGAUACUUAUAAUUCACCAGAAUUCACUGCACCAGAGGUUAACGAAGGAGAAGCAUGUAAACAGACAGUUGAUAUUUACUCUUUUGGGAUGUGCGUAUUACAGAUGAUCACCCUUGAACAUCCAUACAGUGAAUAUGUUGACAAAGAUUAUGCUCGUACAAAGGCUAGGUCUGGUAUAAAGCCUGAUGCAUUAACAAGGGUUGCAGACCCUGUUGCUAAGAAGUUCAUCGAGAGGUGUUUGGUUCCUGCAUCUGAAAGACCCACGGCAGUUGUCCUGUUGGAUGACCCGUUUCUUGCACAGACAAGUGUUCCUCCUAUUAACUCAACACCAAUUAGUAGUCAGGAUCUGGGAGAGUGUUUGAAGGUUGUGCCUCGUCAGGUGUGUAGAUUACUACCUAAGACAUCAUUUAGGUUAAUAGGGAGAAAAUUGAAGAAAACUAAUGAUUUGAUACCCAUAUCCGUCAAAUUGUGGAUUACUUAUUUUCGUGCUGGUGAAGCGGCUGUCAAGGAAAUAGUCUUGUCACUUGAAAGUGAUAUAAGUCAGGUAAUCGAGGAACAAGUUGCAACAGGAUAUGGAUUGUCAAAUCAAGAUAUCGUAAUAGUUUCUCAGCUUAUGGGAAAAAUGGUAACAGAACUCAGCUCUCCUGAUGUUUCCCGGAAGAAGUAUUAUGAAAUUGAUUCCCACGAUAAUGAGGUCAUACCACUUCGUCGAAUGGGCUGGUUCCGUACAAUUCGAGCCUGUUUGCUAUGUCAGACUGUAAUAAAUUGGACUCCUUUCGAGCUUGAUUAUGAAUAG